AUGGGCUCAUCCGACGUCGCUACCCCUACCCCUGCUCCCCUCCACUCGACCAUCGCCGCCGAUGUCGACCUCUCCAACUACGACGAUGAGCAGGUCAAGCUCAUGGAGGAGAUGUGCAUCGUCAUCGACCGUGAUGACAAGCGCAUCGGUGCCGACUCCAAGAAGACCUGCCACUUGAUGACCAACAUUUUGGGUCACAACCUCCUCCACCGCGCCUUCUCCGUGUUCCUCUUCUCUGCCGACGGCACCAAGCUCCUUUUGCAGCAGCGUGCGACCGAAAAGAUCACCUUCCCAGAUGCAUGGACCAACACCUGCUGCUCGCACCCCCUCAACACUGCCGACGAGUUGGUCGAGAAGGACAACCUGGGUGUCCGCACAGCUGCCCAGCGCAAGUUGUUCCACGAGCUCGGAAUCGAGGCCAAGGAUGUUCCCGUGGAUGAUUUCCACUUCUUGACCCGUAUCCACUACUUGGCUCCCUCGAACGAGACCUGGGGCGAGCACGAGAUUGAUUACAUUCUGUUCAUGAGACCCCAGCACAAGGAGCUUAUUGACAUGAACCCCAGCCCUAACGAAGUCCGCGAUGUCCGUUGGGUGACUAAGGAUGAGUUGAAGGUGCUCUUGGAGCGGGGCGUUACCCCUGGCAGCGGCAUUAUUGUCACCCCUUGGUUCAAGUUGAUCUGCGAUAACUUUAUGUUUGCCUGGUGGGACAGGAUGUUGGCCGAAGGCGAUGUUUCCAAGGUUGCCCGUGCCGAGGAGGUUGGACAGAUCUACCGUCUGUAA